GGACUUUUUUUUUAACUUAAAAACUCAAUAUUUACCCCAUUUACAAAAAUGGAAAGUGCUGAAACAAAGGGAACAAAACAAAUUUUAAAAAACAGCUCAGAAGAAAAACUUACAAAAUCAAUGGAGAAAUUACAAGUCAAUACGGAUAAACUUAAAUCUAGUAAAAAUGUUCCGGAACUUAAAAAGGAAUCCGAAGAACUCCUUGAUCCAUUUUGUGAUCCGAAAAACCCUCAGAAAAUUUCAUUUCGCGAUAUCACUUCGGCAGCUUUUCUUAUCAAAGGUGGAAUCGAAAAGACACCCUGUCCAAAAUCAACAUCAUCUGAAGUUUACGGAAUGGAUUUGUACUUGAAAAAGGAUUUUCUUCAAAUCACCGGAAGUUUUAAGGAAAGAGGAGCCCGCUAUGCUCUAUUAUCCCUAUCGGAUGAACAAAAGAAGAUCGGCGUCAUUUCUGCAUCAUUGGGCAACCAUGCACAAGGUCUCAGUUAUCAUGGAUGGAAAUUAAAUAUCCCAGUUACUGUUGUUAUGCCAACAGCAGCACCAAUUAUGAAAAUCCAAAAAUGUCGCAACUACAGGGCACGUGUCAUAGUCAAAGGCAACGAUAUGGGUGAAGCUAAGAAUGCUGCCCUAAAAAUGGCCCAAGAAGAAAACCUUAUGUACAUCAAUGGCUACGAUCAUCCACUUAUCAUGGCUGGUCAGGGUACCAUUGGAUUAGAAAUUCUAGAACAAGUUCCAGAACCAGAUGCUAUUGUGGUGCCUGUUGGGGGAGGAGGGCUCAUUGCUGGUAUUGCUACAGCUGUAAAGGCUUUAUCACCAAAGACAAAAAUUAUUGGUGUAGAAUCUGAAAAGUGUCCAAGUUUCAGUGAGGCAUUGAAAAAUUCUGGACCAGUUUUUAUUCCAAUCAAAAACACCUUGGCCGAUGGCUUAGCCGUCCCCAAGGUAGGAUAUAACGCCUAUGCUACUGCAAUGCCUCUUAUCGACAAGAUGGUGGUAGUCAAGGAAGAAUGGAUAGCUUUGGCUAUUCUUCGACUCGUUGAGGAGGAGAAAUGUGUCGUUGAAGGUGCUGGUGCCGUGGCACUUGGGGCUAUCUUAGCUGGACAAUUAAAUGAUUUGAAAGGCAAAAAGGUUGUAAUUUUGCUGUGUGGUGGAAACAUCGAUACAACUGUCUUAGGAAGAUGUUUGGAAAGAGGUUUAGCUGCAGAAGGUCGUUUAGUGAAGUUUAAUGCUCAAUUAAGUGAUCGACCUGGUGGAAUCCAUGAACUCUGUAAAAUUUUAGGAGAUUUGGGUGUGUCCAUCAAAGACAUAAUGCAUGAGCGAGCAUGGCUUAAAGAUAUCCAUGCUGUUGAGGUUAAGGUUGUUUGUGAAACUCGUGAUUGGUCUCAUAGUUUAGAAUUGAAAGCAGUUUUAAAAGCUAAUUAUGAAAAUGUUCAAUUUACCGAGGAACCAUUGGCUAUAAAUGAAAAUAUGUUGAACAGAAAUUAAUCGAAUAAUUUUUAUAUUCUCACUCAUACUCCUAUAUAAUUACGUUUUAAUAAUUAAAUAAAAUUAAAUGAAUCAUUAAAAUA